GUGCGCGUGCUGUGGUGAUGAGCACUGGUUAGUGUGUAAGUGUGUGUGUGAGUGCUGGUAGGAAUCCUGAGCGCCGGAGGAGGGAGCUUUUCUCCUCUGAGAGAGAGAGAGAGAGAGAGGGAAGAGCCGGAGGGAGUCAGUGUGCUAUGCGGAGACAUGUAAGAUGGCAGAGCUGCAGAUGUUGUUAGAGGAAGAGAUUCCUGCGGGGAAGAGAGCGCUGCUGGAGAGCCACCAGAACCUGAGCAGGGUCGCGGAUUACUGCGAGAACAACUAUGUCCAGGCGCAGGAUAAGAGGAAGGCGCUGGAGGAGACCAAAGCGUACACGACCCAGUCUCUGGCCAGCGUCGCCUACCAGAUUAACGCCUUAGCCAACAAUGUUCUCCAGCUGCUGGACAUCCAGGCCUCGCAGCUCCGCCGCAUGGAGUCCUCCAUCAACCACAUCUCACAGACAGUGGAUAUCCAUAAGGAGAAGGUGGCCAGACGAGAAAUCGGCAUCCUGACCACUAACAAGAACACAUCCAGGACGCAUAAGAUCAUCGCUCCAGCCAACAUCGAGAGGCCGGUGAGGUACGUCCGAAAGCCGAUAGACUACACCGUGCUGGACGACGUGGGACACGGAGUUAAGCAACAUGGAAACAACCAAUCAAUCAGAGGAGGAACGCUAUCGAGGACCAAUCCGCCGACACAGAAGCCACCCAGUCCGCCCAUGGCAGGGCGUGGCACUCUCGGGCGUAACACUUCUUCAUAUAAAACUCUUGAGCCAGUAAAACCUCCUACAGUGCCUAAUGACUACAUGACCAGCCCCGCUCGCCUCGGGAGCCAGCACAGCCCAGGACGCACAGCCUCGCUCAACCAGAGACCAAGAACCCACAGUGGCAGCAGUGGGGGUAGUGGCAGUCGUGAGAACAGCGGAGGCAGCAGUAUUGGUAUUCCCAUCGCCGUGCCGACUCCCUCCAUCCCUAAUUCUGGCCCAGUUCAGUCUAUGUUUGCUCCGCCCCCACCUCCGCCUCUGCCCAUGUCUGGGGGCCCAAUGGCUAUAGGGCUCGGUCCAGCCCCCGUCUCUCAGUUUGGAACAAUAUCGCGGCAGAUGUCCCGCCACAAUUCCACCACGUCGUCCAUGUCCACGGUUUCAGCCACGGGGACGUACAGGCGUGCGCCGUCUCUCUCCUCUCAGCUCCCUCUGCAGCACACCAACGUCAACGGUGCUGCUCCGGCCACCUUUACACACAACUCAAUGUCUGUUGCUCCCCCACCUCCCCCCAUGCCUCAGCUCAUUCCACAGAUUCCCCUCACUGGCUUUGUGGCCCGGGUGCAGGAAAACAUCGCCGACAGCCCGACUCCGCCCCCUCCUCCGCCACCUGACGACAUGCCCAUGUUCGACGAGGCUCCGCCCCCUCCCCCUCCGCCUCCCGUGGACUAUGAGGAUGAGGAGGCAGCCGUGGUGCAGUACAGUGACCCGUACGCUGACGGAGACCCCCAAUGGGCCCCUAAAAACUACAUUGAGAAAGUGGUGGCCAUCUACGACUACAUCAAGGACAAAGACGACGAGCUGACCUUCAUGGAAGGCGCCAUCAUCUACAUCAUCAAGAAGAACGACGACGGCUGGUUCGAGGGAGUGUGUAACGGCGUCACCGGCCUCUUCCCCGGCAACUACGUCGAACCCAUCAUGCACUAUGCUGACUGAAGGGGCGGGGUUAGCUCGAUUAGACGCGUACACACAUCCAACAGCAGUAUAGACGAGUGUGAGGGGAGGGAGGGGGUGAGCGAGCGAGCGCGUGCGAGCGCCGGCUCCUGGGCUCAGAGUGUGGGGGAUCAGAGAGACGGCGUGAUCUGUGUAAAGGGGUUUUUUUUUUUAGUAUUUUUACAGUGAACGUUGAUCAUGUCUCAAUGCCAAAAGUCUUCGAUUUGAAAUUUUAAUCCAGUCCAAACUUUAUAUGAUGAAUAUAAAAUAAAUGUACAAGAUAAAGUCUUUAACUAUACAUUAUGGAGAACGCUGUUUAAAGGCGGUCAGCCUGAAAUGCGACUUAGAUCCGCGACAUGACCUGAAGCAUGCCGACUUUACGACUUUUAUAUGUAUAGUAGUGUCAAGAUUUCAUUCUGCUUUUUCAGUCCUGAUACUUGAACGUAUUAAUGGACAUUUUAUUUUAAUACUUAAAUAUUAUAAAUUUUUCCCCCUGAUCCUGAUCAUUUUGUUUUUUUUUUAUGAAGAUUUUUUUUCCUGCAUUUUUAAAGCCAGAACAGUGAUUUUUAUUUUUCUGUACGUAUUCUCAGCGAUGCACAGAAACAGAUCUGUAGAUUGCUUACGCUGUAGAGGUUAAAGUUAUGAAAAGUAUGUUAAUCAGUAUACGAUCCACAUCUGCCAUUAAUCCGAUCAGCCAGAAAUAACUGCCAUGUCGGUUCGACUGAUUGAUUUUACGACAACUCCUUACCUCCCUGUGCAGAUUAAUGAACAAAAUCAGAUUUGUGAUCUGCUUUGGUAUCGUAAUUAAAGCCAUGGAAAUAUUGACAAUAAAUUUUGUAAAUGUCCAUUAAGUUCA